AUGGAUAGUUCAGAGAAGGUUGUUGCUGUGAUUAUGGUGGGUGGACCCACAAAAGGGACUAGAUUUCGACCUCUUUCUUUCAAUACUCCAAAACCCCUUUUCCCUUUGGCUGGACAACCUAUGGUUCAUCAUCCUAUUUCUGCUUGUAAAAGGAUACCCAAUUUAGCUCAAAUAUAUCUUAUUGGAUUCCAUGAGGAGCGAGAAUUCGCUCUAUACGUCUCUUCUAUUUCAAACGAGCUGAAAUUGCCAGUAAGAUAUUUGAAGGAGGAUAAACCACAUGGCUCAGCAGGUGGCCUUUACUACUUCAGAGAUAUAAUCAUGGAAGACAGUCCAUCACAUAUCUUUCUGCUAAAUUGUGAUGUUUGCUGCAGUUUUCCACUACCGUCCAUGCUUGAUGCUCAUAUAAAGUAUGGUGGGAUGGGGACAAUGUUAGUAAUCAAGGUUUCAGCUGAAUCUGCUAACCAGUUCGGCGAAUUGGUUGCUGAUCCAGACACUCAUGAAUUGCUGCAUUAUACUGAGAAACCCGAGACAUUUGUUAGUGAUUUGAUAAAUUGUGGUGUAUACAUUUUCACACCUGAUAUUUUUAAUGCCAUCGAGGAUGUAUCUACAAACCGAGAAGGAAGAGCUAAUCUACGACGUCUUUCCAGUUUUGAAGCUCUCCAAUCUGCGACCAGGAUUCUUCCUAAAGAUUUCGUAAGACUGGAUCAAGAUAUACUUUCACCUUUAGCUGGAAAGAAGAAGUUGUAUACAUAUGAGACAAAUGAUUUCUGGGAGCAAAUUAAAACUCCAGGCCUGUCUUUGAAAUGCUCGGAGUUGUAUCUUGCUCAAUUUCGAUAUACUUCCUCGCAUCUUUUGGCCAGCGGAGAUGGUGAAAAGAAUGCUAAAAUUGUUGGUGAUGUAUAUAUUCAUCCGUCUGCGAAAGUUCAUCCAUCUGCAAAGAUUGGUCCGAAUGUUUCUAUCUCAGCAAAUGUUCGUGUUGGUGCUGGCGUCAGGUUAAUCGGUUGUAUAAUAUUGGACGAUGUUGAAAUUAAGGAAAAUGCUGUAGUUAUAAAUUCCAUUGUCGGAUGGAAGUCUUCGCUUGGAAGAUGGUCACGUGUACAGGCAUGUUCGGCUGAUGGUGAUUACAAUGCAAAGCUUGGCAUAACCAUCCUCGGUGAAGCUGUGACAGUUGAAGAUGAAGUAGUGGUGAUCAACAGCAUUGUUCUUCCUCACAAGAUUCUUAAUGUCAGUGUACAAGAUGAAAUCAUCUUAUAA